AUGACUCCUGGUCUGACUAUUCGUCUUGGCUUCUUGGCUUGCCUAGUUGUUACAGUCUUCCUUCUUAUACACAGUUACACGUCUCUUAAGGACUCACAAAAACACUGGUGGUCCAUGCGGCCCGAUGUCCUGCCACCUCCGGCAACUCUGAACACGUCGGAUGUGAUCGCCGAGAGGAUGAUUUGUUCCUCUAAGCAGCCUUAUGAUAUUGCACUCUGCCUGCCCCAUAGCGGCACCCCAGAGAUACCGCCGCUGGCUGAAUUGCCUUGUCGACGGCAAAAGGACUUGAUCGUUCAUGGGGGACACAAGUGCAUCUCCUUCUCCCUCCUCCGCAGCCAACCACCCGGGUUCUGGGCCGGCCUGAAUGCCGGGACUGCUUUCCAACUUUAUCCAGUAGACCUGCCAGCAGAGGAGGUG